GGCAAAAUGAUAAGAUGUCCAAAAGUCGCAUUGUCGGGGUAAUGCCAAUACUAUUUGAAGGAAAACAAUGCGACAAACUCACAUUCUGUGUCCAACACUCGCACACCGGCAAACGAAAGUCGACGCUCUCUAGGACUGGACGUAUUAGUAUUGUUAUCAAUUGCAAUAAAACGUGGCGCUAGUAGGCAUACGAACAAACAACAACAACAAACAAACAAGAACAAGCUGUAACACACGCAUGCAUUUAAAAUAAAUAAUUACACUUAAUUUUAAAAAAAUAAAAUAUUAUAUUACUUACAAACUGAGACCUAUUUUUGUAAGAAAAGUGCAAAAAAUAGUGGGCAGAAAAACUGGAACAACCAAAACACAAACUAAACCAAACAUAAGAGAUCAAGCGAAAUUGCGAGGUGGGCUGGCGAGGAAGAGUCGUUUAUGCCGUCGCAUUCGCUCAGCCCAACCGCCAGAUUUGCACGAAUUACGUCGAUUAGGGAAGAAUAAGGCGAUAACAAGCGAUAUUUCUGUCUACCAUCUUGAGAGAGCGGAUCGUUGAGAGAGGGUGCGUGCGGCGUCCAGGCAGGCACUCGAAGCAGGCGGCCUGAGAGCGGAUCAAAAUGGCGUUCUUUGGACUCGGCCAGAGUGCCGACAUCGACAUCAUCCUGAGCGGGACGGAGAACCGGAAGAUGGCGGAGAUGAAGACGGAGGACGGCAAGAAGGAGAAGCACCUGCUGUUCUACGACGGCGAGUCGGUUUCGGGGAAGGUGAAUGUGACCCUCAAGAAGCCCGGCUCCAAGCUGGAGCACCAGGGAAUCAAGAUUGAGUUCAUCGGACAGAUAGAGCUGUACUACGACCGGGGCAACCACCACGAGUUUGCAUCGCUCGUCAAGGAACUGGCACGUCCCGGAGAGCUGACCCAAAACGCCAGCUACAGCUUCGAGUUCGUCAAUGUGGAAAAGCCCUACGAAUCCUACACAGGCUCCAAUGUCAGGCUGAGGUACUUCCUACGGGUGACCCUGGUGCGUCGGCUAACCGACCUGGUGAAGGAGAUGGAGAUGGUGGUGCACACGCUGUCCUCCUACCCUGAGAUCAACUCCUCCAUCAAGAUGGAGGUGGGCAUUGAGGACUGCCUCCACAUCGAGUUCGAGUACAACAAGUCCAAGUACCACCUAAAGGACGUGAUCGUGGGCAAGAUCUACUUCCUGCUGGUGCGCAUCAAGAUCAAGCACAUGGAGAUCGCCAUCAUCAAGCGGGAGACCACGGGGUCGGGUCCCAACACCUUCAACGAGAACGAGACCAUCGCCAAGUACGAGAUCAUGGACGGAGCGCCGGUCAGGGGGGAGUCGAUACCGAUCCGUCUGUUCUUGGCCGGCUACGACCUGACGCCGACCAUGAAGGACAUCAACAAGAAGUUCUCGGUGCGCUACUACCUCAACCUCGUUCUCGUGGACGAAGAGGAACGACGCUACUUCAAGCAGCAGGAAAUCGUGCUCUGGAGGAAAGGAGAGAAGACUCGCAAGCCGAUCCAGCAACCCGACCAAGCUGCGGGUGACGGCGGCAUGUAGUCCGCGACGCCUCUGUUGCGUCGCGGAGGUUUCUUGGAGCGCCCCGAAGAACGGGGCAGCCCCUGCCACUCGAGGCAAAUGUAGUUUCUAUACGCUGUGUACGUACGGUUGCAGACGCUGCAACUUUGAGCCGCGGAAGACUGGCCAAGCGCAGCGUAUGCUGAGCCGACCUUUUUCUUUUUUCCGUACGGUGCGACCCAUUUUGCAUCGUAGGCGACCGUACGCUUGUUAUAUAAUCUGUAAGUUUGUACAGGAUGUUUUUUUCUCUUUCUCGGAAACCAAAAACAAACAAAAACCCCUUCCCCCCUCCCCUCGAAAGAGUGAGAUGAAAUUGUCACCUGCUCCGCCGCAUCUCUCCCUGUACCCGGCGGUGUUAGUGCGACACCUCCUACAUAACCGGGCUGUAGCAUUGCGUUUUGUCUAUUGCCUAUGGAAAACCAGCAUGGGGCACAGGUUUAUUGUUUUCUUUUCACUUUGGUGUUUUGUUGUUGCUUUACUAGAACAUACUGUAUGUUCUUUUUAUUUUUAUAUACGCAUGUAUGAAAAUAUAUUGUUUAUAUUAAUGAUUAUAUACCUCUCCUGCUUGAAUUUCCCCCUUUAUCUGCAAUAUUGCAAAAACAAAAAAGAAAGUGCUGCGUAAGCAUUCUGUGCUCUGUGUUGGCCACUGGCGUGGGCGAUAUAGAAAAUCCAGCAGUGCCGCCUCAUUAUCUGGUAUGUGUUGGUUACGGUGUCUCUGUGUUGCCCCGUCUCCUGUGCCUUUUCGAGAGAUAGCUUUUACGAAGGAGGCAUCCGUUGUUGGAAAAUACUUUUUUUUUUCCAUGCCCCCUUUUGGCCCAAGAUGGAUUCACCUGCACGUAGAGAUCCAUUUUAAAAGAAAUUUAGACUUUCUUCAAAUGGAGGAAGCACCGCAUCUGUACCACGCAAAAAAUGUCAAAUGUGUGAAGAAAGAAAAAAAAGAAUUUGCUAAAGCAACUUAUUUCUUUAACCACAGGGUCGGUAGAAAUGAACAUGGAUAUGGGGAAGGGUUUUGGAGAGAAAGUUGCGUUGUCCUAAUACACAAAUCGCCUCGCUAGCUCGGUGAGGAUAGCGAAGUACUGCGACCUCAGUUUUGUAAAGGAUACGAUCCAAAACCCUUCACCUUCACUUCAAUUCAAUGAGAGCAUGUUGAAUUGAGGUUUAUUUGAAUUUUCACGAGCCAAGCCCAAAAAGAGUGAUUGCAGUUUUUUUGUUUUUUUUUAUGGGGGAAUGGAGUUAGAGUGCAACGUUUUUGUGUGUUGGGCUUUCUUUAAGGCACAUAGAUCGCGGUACUACUCCAUUUGGGCGACGCACUGUUCAGUGCACGUUUCACCGCUCGUGGAGCCCAGAAACUUCUCGGCGUCGUGGAGCCCAGAAACAGCGUCGAAAAGGCACGGGUGCCUGCCUCUUGUUAGGCUAGUGUUGUCGAACCUGAUCCAAAAUGAAAUGCUGCCUCGCCGUUAUUUCGGGCCUUCCUUUCACUGGUGACCUUACGAACGUCUUAAUUCGAUUGAAUGAUUGCCUUUUUGCGGCGCAAACUCAGUUUACGUACCCUGAGCAUUCCAGAACAUCCAAAAAAGUAUGAUCAUGCGUGGCCUAGCUUUCUCCCCCAUUAAAAGCGCAAUCAGACAUAUUGAUGUCCCCUUUUUUCGAGUGAUACUCAUAUAAAGAGGCCCGUCGCAAUUGGCUCCCUUUCAGAGAUGCGUCUCAGAAAUGGAAGCGCGUUACGACACAUCCUUUUUCCAAGAUACGAAAGGGCUCGUCGCGACGUUUAGUCUCAUUUUCAGCACGGAAAACAACCACGCUCUACCCUAAUUUUGGAUUUUUGAGGCUGAUUAGGGUGCGUAGACUCGAGCUUGUGCCAUAAAAAGAGUCUAUAAAUCAAAGUUCUACUGUUCAUACAUCAAACAAAAGACUGUGUUUGCUGUAGAACGCGAUGGCAGAAGUAUGUGUGGAAACAUCUCGGCAUGGUCCAAGAAUGUUCCCUUCAUACAUUCGUAUGCUUCGAACUGUUUGCAGACAGUCUUUUGUACGACAUAUUAGCAGGGUGACCACGGCUGAAGACACUAACCGAGUUUGACCGACGACGCUCUCAAAUCCAAGGGUCUCUCCGAACUCGACGAUUGGCGACGCUCCUUCCGGCGGUGCAGCUCGUAGAAACUUCCCCCCACCGACCACCAUGGGCGAAAAAGCCUGCCUCCAGUUUUCGUUUUGGGGCUGUUUUGGUGCCAUUGCUUCACCUCUGGUUUUUGUCCGCUUGGUGCGUGUACAUAUGCGACAUUCCAAUCGGCUCUUUGGGAUCCCGUCCUCCUCGUAGCCUGUUGUACAUUGAUGUACAUAAGCUGCCUGUUCUGUAGCGCGCAAAACGGGAGGUCUCUCCGAAUAAACGACGAUGAUGCUCGAUUCA